UCGAUGAUUAUAAGUUUGCGGAAACAAACAGACGUAAAAUACACGGCGUUAUUCAAUUUUCCUUGCGAAUGUAUUGCAAAUCUAAAUUAGACGUUGCCGUUCAUUGCAUUUUGUCUGUUCAUGAUGAGUGAAGGCAAUUCUGUUAUUCCAAGCAUGCAAAAUAUUCACCAUUAUAAUAAAUAUGAUGGAAAAAUAGCAGGUUUAUACGACCUGGGAGAUGCAAUAGGACGCGGCCAUUUUGCAGUUGUUAAAUUGGCAAGACAUGUAUUCACUGGUGAGAAGGUUGCCGUAAAAGUAAUCGACAAAACAAAACUGGACGAUGUAUCUCGUGCUCACCUGUUCCAAGAGGUGAGAUGUAUGAAACUGGUGCAGCAUCCUAAUGUAGUGAGACUUUAUGAAGUGAUAGACACGCACACAAAACUUUAUUUAAUACUGGAGCUGGGAGAUGGUGGGGACAUGUAUGAUUAUAUUAUGAAACAUGACAAAGGAGUGAAUGAGGAAACCGCUAGAAAGUUUUUUCAGCAGAUUGUUCAUGCUAUAUCGUAUUGCCACCGACUUCACGUCGUGCAUCGUGACUUAAAGCCAGAAAAUGUAAUAUUUUUUGAAAAACUUGGAAUGGUUAAAUUAACAGACUUUGGCUUUAGUAACCGAUAUUACCCUGGACAAAAGCUGGAAACAUCAUGUGGAUCUUUAGCCUAUUCUGCACCAGAAAUUUUAUUAGGUGAUCUGUACGAUGCACCCAAAGUUGACGUAUGGAGUAUGGGUGUGAUUUUGUACAUGCUAGUUUGUGGCCACGCCCCUUUUCAGGAAGCCAACGAUAGUGAGACGCUGACGAUGAUAAUGGAUUGUAAAUAUUCACUUCCGAGUCACGUGUCAAAAGAAUGUAGCAAUCUGAUAGCAAGCAUGCUGGUACGAGAUCCGGAAAGACGAGCCACCUUAGAAGAGAUUGCGAACAACAGCUGGUUAAACUCUGGGGAUCUCAUUCAGCCAGCUGAUUAUCUACCUUUAAUUUCUCAUGAACAUCUUUCUGAGAAGGACCAUGCACUCAUUAUUCAGAAGUUGGUGAAGGGAAGCAUAGCUGCUAAGGAAGAGAUACUAGAAGCACUAAAAAAGAAUGAGUACAAUCACAUCACUGCUACGUACUUCCUGUUGGCAGAGAGAAGUCUUCGAGGUCAGCGGCAGGAAAAGGCCCGAAGGAUAAACAGAACUUCCAAAGGAGACCUUUCACCCAUUACAUCAGGAAACCCAAGUGACUUCUCACCGGGUCAGGAAAAACCAAACUCCGUACUUGAGAGUUUAAUAUCACCCCGAGUUGUAGCAAAACCACUGGGUUCAACCAACUUUCUUGCUCCUUCAAGUUUCUCAUCCACUGUUGCACAGAAUGGCCAGUCGUAUUUGCCGAUGGCACGUAAGUGUAGCGUAGUGUGCGAGGAAGAUGACGGCAGUAGCUCUGCAAAGUUGUUACCCCCACAAGCUUCAUUACCAACAAAGAAAGACAAGAGCAGCAUUCCUGUGCCACGCCCCACACUUCCUCUUUUUUUCCACAGCAGGAUAAAGUCUGCAACUAUUAAACCAAAACUAUCUCCAAUUUUAGCAUUUCCAAAUCAAAAAUUUAAAACUUUGCCUUCAUCUGGUAGAGGGCUUCAUGCUGUGAAAAGUUCUCCACAGUUGCUUCUAAAUGAAAUAGAUGAAGAAGUGGCAUCAGAUACUGAACCUUCUACAAAGACCCUCGGUUCCAAACAUUCACGAAAACACUUCCAGAGUGGAAAACGUAGUCCACAUUCUGUUUUAUCACAUGCAAUGUUUCGUCUGGUAGGACAGCGUCCAAAAAUAGGAAGAUCUCGUACAACUAGCUGCAGUAGCUCUGAGGCAAGUGAUGAUGAUGGUGAAGGGCUUAAACGAAAGAUGGGGAAGUUAAAGAGUUCAGGGAGAAGAGAUAGUAGUGAAGACCGUUCAGGUGGGCAGGGUGAGGGAUGUGGAGGAUCAGGACAAUCCGAGCCUGGAGCUGGAACAUCUCAUGGUAAUAUGAGUGGAGGAGGAGGUGGUGGUCAAAGUUCUGUAAAUAACAAGUCAGACGGUAGUAAAACCAACAGUAAUAAGUCACAAAGCCAACAAAAUGAGGCAGUAGAAGAGUCCAACCUUUCUAUACAACCUUCCUCUGUUAACACUACGGUACUUUCAACGGACAGCACUGAUAGUUUAGACAUAGAGCAAUGUCUCACCUGUUCUGUUUCUUGUGAUGAUCUUCUUGUGAAUUACACAGAGGACAACCAGUUGACAACUUCACAAGACAUUAAGUUUCAAGAAGAAUCUCCAGAACAGAAUUCGUUAUUUCCAAGACAAGAAGAUCCAAGCAACCUCACUCUUCAGGAAUCUUUAAGUUUCACAAAUCCCUCCAGUAAAGUUCCACUCAGUUUAAGCGUAAACAGUGGUUUCACUUUACUUCAACAAAUAGAAAAUCUUCCUUUGUACAGCAAAAAUGACAGUAAAUCGACAAGAAAAGAUCAAGGGCACCGACUGAAAAACAUAACUCACGGACUGACGCAACUGGUACAUUCUGCAACUAAGUUUGAUAUCAGUCAGAAUGGCUGGAGGGAACGUAGUCGUUCCAAAAGUAUGACCAGAAACAUCCAAUCUCUCAGAAAUGAACGCCAAGUUGUCGUCGACACGAAGCUUUCCUCCAAAUGCUGUACUUUGUGUUGACUUAAGUUACUACUUAUGGUAUACAGGUAAGACUAAAUAAAUCUGUAGUUCCCUUGUUGCCUAGAGCAACGUCACAAAGCUUAUGAGCCAUUUUGUUUUAUAGAGAUCAGAUGAAAUAUGACAUAAACCUCAGCAGACAGUGGGUUUGUGAAAAUUGGAAGUACCUUUAGGCUCGUGUAAAUAGAACUCGGGUUGAUUUUACACCCCUGUGGUCAUGUGGUAGUUAUUUGUUUAACCUACACGCCACCAUGAGUUAGAUACCUGAUUGUAUACUACACGACCAGCUGCUCAGAACCCUACUUAACACAAAAAAUCAAAUAUUCAACGUGUAAUUUACGCAAGAUGAGAAAACACUACUAUACAUGUAUACCUUCCCGAGUCUAUUAAACAUAAUUUUUUUAAUUGUUAUAAAUUUAAUUAUUGCUUGUUUAAUAUUUUUGGAGGCACUGCCUUAUUAUAUUGUUAAGUUAAUCGUCAGUAAUUAUCUAUAUUGUUCGUUUCCAUGUACAUAGUUGUAGGUUAGUGAUAAAAACUUCAAGUGUUUAGAAUUAAAGUCACAAUAGAACAAAGUACAAAACUUUUUUUUAAUUUGCUGAAAUUCAAGGACACUACACAAAAUCAGUCACAACAGGGCACUAAUGAAAAGUGUUGGUGUGUGACUAGGAUCUAGUCACAUACACCAUUGCCCCCUGUGGUCCACAUAGAUAGCAACAACAUCUUAAUAAUGGUAAGACUAGUGUUAGAAAUCUACAAAAAUUAAUAUACACCCUAAACAUAGGGUAGCUUUCAGGCAUGUAUGCAUGUAUAUAUUCACAUGCACAUAUAGAUAUAUAUAUGUGCAUGUAUAU